AUGCCGUUAAGAAAAGUGGUGAAAGGUACACCUUCGGAGGUGUUGCCUGCUGAAGGACUAUUGUAUCAUGAUAAAGAUGUACUCACACCUUGCCAAAAGGAAUGCACCGCGCGACUGGGUAUGACAAUGCAAUUGGAACAGGAGGCAUAUUUAUCACAACAUCCAGAGAUCCGAGCAUUGUUGGAAAUAUUUGUUGGGAAAAUAUCACGCACGAAUAAAAGAAAAGGUAUUCUGAAAGAAGCCGCAGAACACUUUACAAGGCCUGUCGAGCAACUCGAUGCAGAAAUACGAAAACACCUUAGCUUGCCACAAAAGGACCAGUAUAUAAAGGUUAAAGGUCAUACAUUUGUUUACAAUGACAGCGCGCUUGUGAAUGAUUUAAUUGGUAUAAUAAAUACCAACUUUCCUCCAGAACCGAUGCAUAUACCGACACCAACAGUUUCGUCUGUCAACACUGCUUCGUCCUCAUUCAUUUCAAUAAUGACUUCUGAUACCACAUUGCCCACGCCAGAGCCUAUUCCAACACCGGAACCGACGUUGUCGGAGCACUUUUUCGGAUUGGUAUCCAACACGGUGGAUAAAGCAAUAUUUCUUCACGUGGACGAUGGAGCCUUGCGUUAUGACACCGCAUACGUAGAAUUAAAAAAGGCCGUGGAAGAAGCUAUGGAGAUACCAGUCAUUGAAAUAAAGGAAGAUAUUGCGGAACUGUAUUUUAAUGCUUAUAAAAUGUUCGAGAUGGAUAUCAUGGAAAAGGAACGUAUCGCGGCUGAAAUCGCUUGGGAAAAGAGAAUGCGUAAGAAAAUGAAGAGGACGCUAAGACGACUGGAUAAUUUUAAAGGCUAUGCAACUCCACCGACACCAAAAAGCGAAAUUUCGUCACACGAGAGCUAUAAGAAGCCUCCACCCAAACCGUGCGUGUGUCACCCGCAAGUCCAUUACAACCGCUAUCCUAAGGAUCGUUUUGGUAUAUACUUACCUCGCGAAACGGAAUUCUGUGACGGCAACGUCACAGUAACACCAGCGAUAUCUCUGGAAAGUGUGGCUGGCGAGGAAACGGAAGAAAUUGUUGACGCUAAGUCAAUCGUUAGCAAAAGGUCUGCGACCUCUGCUAAAAGUGCUGUCAGUAAAAAGACCACCUUUAAGGACUAA